AUGAAACACCUUGUACAAGAUUUUACAUUCCUAGGUGAUCCAAUUGAUCCAGCCCAACAUAAUGACGCCGAUGAAUUCUAUUUCGAUGUCGUUAAUAAUGUUUAUGACAUUCUCAAAGCCGAAAACAACCCAUUCUACAUGAGAAUUGAUGGUGAUUAUGAAGAUCAAGCUACUAAAAAUGUCAUUCUUACAAUAAAUGAUGACAAACUUUCAUUCCUAAUCAAAACUGAUGUCAAGAAGACUAUUGCUCAACAAAUUGACGCUUAUAUCGCUCCAGAACCAAUACAACAAAUGUCGAAAGGAGUUAUGUAUGACUGUCUUUUGAAGAGAAAGAUCAUCAAUCUUCCAGAAGUCUUUGUAUUCAAACUUGAGAGAUCUGAUUCAAAAUCUUAUCAAAUUCAACCAGAGCUUGUAUACAAUGGUGUUAAAUUCACACUCUGUGGAACAAUUAUCUACCAUGGAACUAUACAACAUGGACAUCAUUACUCAUACUGUAAACAAGGAGAAAACUGGUACCUAUUUAAUGAUGCUCAAGUAGGAAAAACAACAUGGGAUCAUGUAUUGGAUGAAUCAAACGAUUCUGCAAAAAUGCUUUUCUACAAAAGAGUUAAUAACGGACCUUCAUCAAUGACUUCGUUGUUGGCAGAUGAUAAAAAGUUCAUGCAUAUAAUCAAUAAAUUUGCCAAAUCAUCAAUUGAUACAGAUAUCCUUGUUUGCAGAUACGCUACUCACAUCGAAGUUGGUAGAAUUAAAGAGGCCAAAGAAACAAAAGCAAAAUUUAAGAAGCCAAUUCCAUUCCUUUUGACAGAUGAUUUCUUCAAAGCAUAUCUUUUGCAUCGAAAUCAAAGUGUCAGAAUUGAAAUGUUCAAACUGUUCCAAGAGAACUUUAAUGCUACAAAAGAUGAUUGGUACUUUGAUUUCAUUUCCGAUGUCAUUGUUUCUAACAAAUGCUACCUUUAUGAAAGAAAGCAGUUUUGGGAUUGUUGUUUCAGGGUUUUCGAACCUGUUAAAACAAUUUCAUUUGUGGCAUUUCAGAAUCUUGCUUCAUUUUUCGUAAAUGGAUGUCUUUCUGGUAUCAUUUCAAAAGGCGCAAAUGUUCAGCAUUUGAUUGCUACAAUUAGGAAAUGUGUAGAUAAACAAACUCUAAAACAGCACUUAUACAAAUAUAGAAGUUGCUACGGUCUUUUCCCGAACUACUAA